AUGCGUGUGCUCACUCUCACCGGCGUCUUCAGCGUCCACGCCGGCGGCGACGAUGAGCUUGUUUAUGGACUCACGCCGGCGUCUCGCCUUCUGGUCGGCUCGGGGAUGUACGUGACUCCAUUCCUGACCUUGAUGCUUGGUACUGUCUUUGUGUCUUCCUUCUUUGACCUCGGCGAGUGGUUCCGGCACGAGUUGCUAGACCCGUCCCCCUUCAAGUUUGCGCAUGGACGGCAUAUAUGGGAUCUGGCCGACCACGACGCCAGCUUUGGCAAGCUCUUCGACGACGGGAUGGUCGCGGACAGCAGUUUCAUCAUGGACGUGGUGGUCAAGGAGUGCAGCGACGUCUUCCAAGGGAUUAGCUCCCUCGUCGACGUCGCCGGCACUACCCAGACCAUCGCAAAGGCUUUCCCGCAUGUGGAGUCCAGCGUGCUGGAUCUCCCACAUGUUGUCGCCAAUGCUCCCACUGAUACCGAUGUGAAGUACAUCGCCGGUGACAUGUUUGAGAGCAUUCCAUCGGCAAACUCUGUCUUCCUGAAGCGAGAUGAGCUAGAGUGGAAGAAGAUUAUUUUUGAAGCUGGAUUUAGCUCUUACAAGAUCAUACCUGUUCUAGGUGUUCGAUCCAUUAUUGAGGUCUACCCAUAG